AUUCGGAUUGGUUCAAUUGGUGACUCGCUGCUAGUUUGGUUUGUUCAUACAUUACAUAUUCUAGACUUAAAGAAAAACAUUUUUAAGUUAUUGUAAAUUGCUAGUGCAUACAUAGGUUAGACUUUUGUGUUUGGACUUUGGACAAAUUACAUGCAUAUAUUUGUUGUUACAUUUUUAAAUUUCUCAGAUUAAUGAAGUUGGGAAUGUGGCACACUCACACACCCAAGUUUUUUUUUUUUGAGGGACACACACCAAAGUUUUCAUUAUAAUGGAGACAAAAAUAAAUUCCGCGAUGCAUACUGUAGCUAGGUAUAUCCAUAUGCUUGGAGACACCAAGAAUUGCAUAACAUCGGCCAGUUAAUUCUUCCUCAGAUGUGUGUCAAACUGUCAAUUAGCGCUAGCUGGACACAGCUUGUUGUUCCACAAUGUGCAUCCAUCGUCCUUGGUUUCUCAAACCCUCCAUCACAUCACUAGCCCACCUCUUCUGUAUAAAUUAACACAGCAAGCCGUUCAACAUCUUCACCGCAUCUCACAACCACAGCCUUAAUCAAUCUGUUAGCAAAGCUAAACGGUUAGCUUAGCUUGCAGCUACAUUCAUUUCCAAUGGCGUCCAUCAACUGCUACUACUCCUUGGUGUUGGUGGUGGUUGCACUGGCCUCGGCGCCGUCGGCCGCCGUGGCCGGCGACCCUGACAUCCUCAGCGACUUCAUCGUGCCGACUUCCAUGAUCGGCAUGCCACCGAUGAACAUCACCGGCCACUUCUUCACCUACACCGGCUUCCGCAACAUUACCAUGCCGAUGCCGAUGCCAGGGGCGCAGAACUUCACUGUGACCAAGGCCACCAUGAUGGAAUUCCCUGCACUCAAUGGGCAAAGCGUGGCCUACGCCAUGCUCAAGUUCCCCUCCGAAUCCGUGAACCCACCACACACCCACCCCCGCGCCGCCGAGCUGCUGCUCGUCCUUGACGGCGCGCUCUCCGUCGGCUUCGUCGACACGGCCGGCAAGCUGUACACGCAGGACCUGGCCGCCGGCGACAUGUUCGUGUUCCCCAAGGGCCUGGUGCACUACCAGUCCAACCCAGGCCAAAGCCCCGCCGUUGCGCUCUCCGCAUUUGGCAGCUCCGCGCCCGGCACCGUGUCCGUGCCCGUCACCGUGUUCGGCACCGGCGUCGACGAGGCCGUGCUGGCCAAGUCGUUCAAGACCGACCUUCCCACCGUGCAGAAGCUCAAGGCAGCGCUCACUCCACCUCCCAAGAAGUGAUUCAUGUGAGAUAUAUGCUCCUGUGUUGCUCCUCUUUUUCAUGAGUGUAUCAACGCUGCCAUUAACUAAU